GUGUAAAAAGUGGAAACAAGAAAAAAAAAGUGGAAACAAGAAAGUAAGCGAAUCCCAGAAAGUGAAAAAAGUGGAAACAAGAAAAAAAAGAAGAAGUGGAAACGGCUGUGGAACAGGACAGAAGAAAGAACAGCCCUGUUUGCCCCCGCAAGGAUAUGGCUAGGGGUUUUCGGUGGUGAGAGCGCAUGGUCAUUACAGACCUGGAAUGGAAGCUUAUCUACGUUGGCUCGGCGGAAGACGAGAAGUACGACCAGGUUCUUGAGAGCGUGCUCGUAGGCCCCGUGAAUGAGGGAAGCUAUCGCUUUGUGUUUCAGGCUGAUGCGCCGAAUCCCGACAAGAUUCCUGAUCAGGAUAUAAUUGGUGUCACUGUUCUCCUCUUAACCUGUUCGUACAGAGGGCAGGAGUUCAUCAGAGUGGGCUACUAUGUGAAUAACGAGUAUCUGGACGAGGACUUGAGAGAAAACCCCCCUCAGAAGGCUGUGCUGGAGCAGGUUCAAAGGAGCAUUUUGGCUGACAAGCCCCGAGUGACCAAGUUCCAGAUCGUCUGGGACAAUCUGGUGCCGGUACAGCAGGUACCGCAUGCGGGGGACCAAGCACCCACAGAGGAACAGCAGGCACAACAGCAGAUGAUGUCGCCGCCCACCCCCGUUCCGCAGAUGGUACCUCAGCAUUGAUCGAAGCAGUGUUUUCUUUUUUUUCUUUUUUUUCCAACGAGUCGGUGCUUGGUGCUGGCUCUGGGACGAUCUGGUGCCGGUACAGCAGGUACUGCAUGCGUGCGUGGGACCAAGCUCCCUUAGAGGAAGAGCAGGCACAACAGCAGAUGAUGUCGCCGCCUACCCCCAUUUCACAGAUGGUACCUCAGCAGCAUUCAUCGUAGCAGUGUUGUGUGUUUUUUUGCUGUCCAACGAGUCGGUCCUGGCUCUGCUUCUGUGUUUGGGCUAUUGAAUAGCUGCUCUCGUGGCCUCUUCUUUGAUAGGAGUUGUGCUUUGUAAGAGCGACUACCAUCAUAAGUAAGAGAGGGGCAUGCGUGGCAUGCGUAGAGGGCAUAUGUGGCAUGGCAUGCAUGGAGGAACAGCGGGCGAAACAGCAGAUGGUGUCGGCGCCCACCCCCAUUCAACAGAUAGUACCUUGGCAGAAUCGAUCGUAGUAGUAUCGCAUUUUUUCCAAGGAGUCGGUGCUGACUCUGCUUCUGUGUUGGGCUAUUGAGUAGCUGGCCUCGUGACCUCUCCUUUGAUAGGAGUUGUUCCUUGAAAGAGCGACUACCAUCAUAGGUAAGCGAGAGGGGCAUGUGUGGCAUGCACAGAGGGCGAAGGGCGUCUACAAAUGGCAUCCGUCGGUGUUUCAGCGUUGACGCUGUUUAUCCCGGCUGGCUGUUUACUGUGGUUGAUGAAUUGCCCAGUUGUUGUUGUUGUUGUUGUUGUUGUUGGAUGAAUUGCCCAGUUUUUCACAUUUCCAUGA